AAAAGCUUACAUUAAAGAUAAAACAGAGAAAGGAGUUUGUUUAGAGAACAAACAGCUCGGGGAAUGAUCCUUAUUGAUGGCUCUGUUGAUGUAAAUAAAGACAAUCUAUUGAUUAAUUAAAUUAUUAAUUGAUUAAGCCCAUAAAAACCUGUGUUGUUUUUACACACAAUGAGCAUGUGGGGGCGGGACUGAUGCAGACUGAUAAGGACGAUUGUCUGUCACCAUGCUGCCAUUGUUAUGAAGCAGAGAAAAGAAAAGGAAGAUAGAAGAAUAUGGGAGUAAAAUGCGCACGCUGUUGUGAAUCAAAAGUAUUUAAUCAACAGUCGAAGAUAAUUUAGCUUGAUACAGCAGGCGGCUGUUUGCACUUAUGGAAAGCUCUGGGCAGGGCCUUGCCCAGCUGGAGAUCCUGUGUAAGCAGCUGUACGAGACGACGGACACGGCCGUGAGACACCAGGCGGAGAAAGCUCUGGUGGAGUUCACCAACAGCCCCGACUGCCUCAGCAAGUGUCAGCUGCUGCUGGAGAGAGGCAGCUCGUCGUAUUCUCAGCUGCUCGCCGCCACCUGUUUGUCUAAACUGGUCUCUCGAACCAGCAACCCGCUGCCCCUCGAACAACGCAUCGACAUCCGGAACUAUGUGCUGAAUUAUUUGGCAACGCGACCGAAGUUAGCGGCGUUUGUGACGCAGGCUCUGAUCCAGCUGUACGCCCGCAUCACCAAGCUCGGCUGGUUCGACUGUCAGAAGGACGACUACGUCUUCAGGAACGUCAUCGCUGACGUCACACGCUUUCUACAGGAUAGUGUUGAACACUGCAUCAUAGGAGUCACCAUUCUGUCCCAGCUGACGAAUGAGAUCAAUCAGGCCGACACGACGCAUCCUCUGACCAAACACAGGAAGAUCGCUUCGUCCUUCAGAGAUUCUUCCCUCUUUGACAUUUUCACACUUUCCUGCAACCUCCUCAAGCAGGCUUCGGGGAAGAACCUGAACCUAAACGAUGAGUCUCAGCAUGGCCUGCUCAUGCAGCUGCUCAAACUCAGCUACAAUUGCCUCAACUACGACUUUAUAGGAACUUCCACAGACGAGUCGUCAGACGACCUCUGCACCGUUCAGAUCCCCACGUCAUGGAGAUCAGCGUUUCUUGAUUCCUCCACCCUGCAGCUCUUUUUCAAUUUAUAUCAUUCCAUCCCUCCGUCCCUCUCCCCGUUGGUGUUGUCAUGUCUAGUUCAGAUCGCCUCUGUCCGGAGAUCUCUCUUCAACAAUGCAGAGCGAGCGAAGUUUCUCUCUCAUCUGGUGGACGGAGUGAAGAGGAUACUGGCCAACCCUCAGUGUUUGCCGGAUCCUAAUAACUACCACGAGUUCUGCCGUCUGCUGGCGAGGCUGAAGAGUAACUACCAGCUGGGGGAGCUGGUCAAAGUAGAGAACUACCCUGAAGUGAUCCGCCUCAUCGCCAACUUCACCGUCACCAGUCUGCAGCACUGGGAGUUCGCCCCCAACAGUGUUCACUACCUGCUGAGUCUGUGGCAGCGCCUGGCAGCGUCGGUGCCCUAUGUCAAAGCCACCGAGCCUCACCUGCUGGAGACCUACACCCCCGAGGUCACCAAGGCCUACAUCACGUCACGGCUCGAGUCGGUCCACGUCAUCCUCAGAGACGGUUUAGAGGACCCUCUGGACGACGCCGGUCUGGUUCAGCAGCAGUUGGACCAGUUGUCCACCAUCGGGAGGUGCGAGUACGAGAAGACGUGCGCUCUGCUGGUGCAGCUGUUCGACCAGGCGGCUCAGACCUACCAGGAGCUGCUACAGUCCACCAACUCCAGCGCCGCAGACAUCACCGUGCAGGAGGGUAUGAGUUGCUCUCUGAGUCGGUUGACAUGGCUGGUUUAUAUUAUCGGGGCGGUUAUCGGUGGACGGGUGUCGUUUGCGAGUACGGACGAGCAGGACGCCAUGGACGGAGAGUUAGUCUGUCGGGUGCUCCAGCUGAUGAAUCUGACAGACUCUCGGCUAGCUCAGGCCGGGAAUGAGAGGCUGGAGCUGGCCAUGCUCAGCUUCUUCGAACAGUUCAGGAAGAUCUACAUCGGUGACCAGGUGCAGAAAUCAUCAAAGCUUUAUCGACGACUAUCAGAAGUUCUGGGUUUGAACGACGAGACGAUGGUACUCAGUGUCUUUAUAGGGAAAAUCAUCACAAACUUGAAGUACUGGGGCCAGUGUGAACCAAUCACCUCCAAGACACUCCAACUACUGAACGACCUCUCUCUAGGGUACAGCAGCGUCAGGAAGCUGGUGAAGCUCAGCGCCGUGCAGUUCAUGUUGAAUAACCACACGAGCGAACACUUCUCCUUCCUGGGUGUUAACAACCAGUCCAAUCUGAGCGACAUGAGAUGUCGAACAACUUUCUACACAGCACUGGGACGCCUGCUGAUGGUGGACCUGGGUGAGGACGAGGACCAGUUUGAACAGUUCAUGUUGCCUCUGACUGCAGCGUUUGAAACUGUUGCUCAGAUGUUGAGUACGAACACGUUCAACGAGCAGGAAGCCAAGAGGACUCUGGUGGGUUUGGUUCGGGACCUGCGCGGCAUCGCGUUCGCCUUCAACGCCAAGACGAGCUUCAUGAUGCUGUUUGACUGGAUGUAUCCCGCCUACAUGCCCAUCCUGCAGCGAGCCAUCGAGCUGUGGUACCACGACCCGGCCUGCACCACGCCCGUCCUCAAGCUGAUGGCCGAGCUCGUCCACAACAGAUCUCAGAGGCUUCAGUUCGACGUGUCUUCGCCAAACGGCAUCCUGCUGUUCAGAGAAACCAGCAAGAUGAUCACAACAUACGGGAACCGGAUCCUGACGCUGGGCGAGGUGCCGAAGGACCAGGUGUACGGUGUGAAGCUGAAGGGCGUCAGCGUGUGCUUCGCCAUGCUGAAGGCCGUGCUCAGCGGGAACUACGUCAACUUCGGCGUCUUCCGUCUGUACGGCGAUGACGCGCUGGAUAACGCCUUACAGACCUUCAUCAAGCUGCUGCUGUCCAUCCCACACAGCGACCUGCUGGACUACCCGAAGCUCAGCCAGUCCUUCUACUCCCUGCUGGAGGUUCUGACUCAGGACCACAUGAACUUCAUCGCCAGCCUGGAGCCGCACGUCGUCAUGUAUAUCCUGUCGUCCAUAUCGGAGGGGCUGACGGCGCUCGACACGAUGGUGUGCACGGGCUGCUGCUCCAGUCUGGACCACAUCGUCACCUACCUGUUCAAGCAGCUGUCACGCUCCACAAAGAAGAGGCCGACCCCGAUGGCCACGGACGACCGAUUCCUGCACAUCAUGCAGCAGCACCCCGAGAUGAUACAGCAGAUGCUGUCCACAGUGUUGAACAUCAUCAUCUUCGAGGACUGUAGGAACCAGUGGUCCAUGUCCCGCCCUCUGCUGGGCCUCAUCCUGCUCAACGAGAAGUACUUUGCUGACCUGAGGAACAGCAUCGUGAACAGUCAGCCUCCAGAGAAGCAGCAGGCCAUGCACUUAUGUUUCGAGAACCUGAUGGAGGGAAUCGAGAGAAAUCUACUAACGAAGAACCGCGACAGGUUCACUCAGAACCUGUCUGUGUUUCGGCGGGAGGUGAACGACAGCAUGAAGAACUCGACUUACGGCGUGAACAGCAACGACAUGAUGAGCUGACAUUCCACAGGGACGCCGGAGCUCCGCCCCCCUCCACCCCCCGCCCCACUCUCUGCAUCAGCCCCCUCCCUCCCCCCCUCCCCGGGCCCGGAUGCCUGGGGGUCGCCUCGUCACGGGACCGCCCCCCCCUCCCUCCCUCCCGCUCCUUUUUGAUAUAAGCAUAUAUAAAUAUAUACAGAUCUAUUUUAAAGCGACGGUGAGGGCUGGGCGGGGAGGAGAGCGCGCCGCGGGGGGGAGGAGGUGGAGGAGGAGGGAACGCAAACGGUAAACGUAGUAAUCCGCUUCUGCCUGCCUUGUAUAGAAAACAAACCACACAGAAAACCAAGUGUACAUUUUCUUUCGUAACAUUUUGAACAAUGUUUAUAAUGAUCGAAUUUAAAAACACAAAGACGAGUCGAGGAAAAAAAAAACACAAAAAACGGUGUGAUUGAGCUUUUUACAGUGUAGUGAGUUAGUGCAACUGUCUGUCUGAGCAGGAGGAGGAGCAGCAGGAGGAGGAGCAGGAGGAGGAGGUACACUAACAGGGAGGGAGCGUCAGAGCGUCCACGAUGUACAUUUUACUCAAGUCUCUGGUUCCAGUGAUGUAAAUAACCACGGCGCCUCUUAAAGGGACAACACAGCUUUUUUUCAGCGUCCUCACCGUCUCCGAGUCACGAGAACUCUAAAAAACACGUGUCAGUGAACGCAGCGCGAGUCUCUUCACAGAAAUCAUUUCAAAUCAGCUCAGAAAUUAAUUAAAAUAAUUAUCUUUGUAAUUCUAUAUUAUGAUUAUAUAUAUAAUUAUUAUAAUUAUUUUGUAAUUUGAUUUAUUAUUAAAAAUACACGUUUAUUGUGUUCAAAAUUUCCCCCAAAGAACUUAAAGAGAAAUUCAAUAUAUCAAUACUGAUGAUCAGAAAUAAAUUCAGAUGGCAAGAAAAAAUAAAUACAGAAUAAUAAUAAUAAUAAUAAUAAUAAUAGACUUUUCAAGAAAAAAUACACAUUAUUUAUUGUAUUUAUUUCAGAGUUUGACCUGCUGUAAACGAGAAAUAAAAUAAAAUUUAAUAAAACCAGAAAUAAAUUCAGAAUGCAAGAAAAAAAAUUAACAAAUACGUUAAAAUGUUUACUUUUGUUUGACCAACAAUAUUUAAUUUACAAUAUUGGAAAACGAAGAAAAUAAAGAAAUUCUUAUGUUUACAUUUCUUAAAUGAUAAAUUGAUUUAAAAAAAAAAAAAAAAAACCUUACCAAUCAGCUGAUCAGCUUCAAAGAUUUUUCAUUUUACAUCACAAAAGAAAAUAUUCACAUUUAAGAACCACAGAUUUUUUAUUUUUUUACACGACCUUCAAUAUAGGUUCUGAAUGAUCCAUUAAUCAAUAUAUUCAUAAUUUCACCUCCAUCCCGGGCUUUUUAUUUAUUCCAACUUUUUUUUAUUUUGUGAUGUAUGUUUAUUUAUUUCAUGCAUUUAAGAAGUUGUGCAGCACCAGAACAUAUGGCAUUUUAUAAAAAAAUAAAUAAAAUAAAAUGUAUAAAUAAGAAAAACACAAAUUCAAAAAUAGUAAAAAAAAAUAAAAUAAAAUAAAAAAAUACAAUACACAAAUCCACAUAAAAUGAAUAAAAAACUAAACACAGAUUAUAGGUGAAAAUUUAGACAAAAUAUUAAUAAAAUACAGUCUUGAAAAAAAUGAUUAGACCAUUGUUUUCUUCAGUUUCUUGUUCAUUUUAACGCCUGGUACAACUAAAGGUACAAAUAUAAUGAUAACAACAGAAAUAGCUGAUAUCUAGACAUUUUCCAUGGUUUUCUUGACAAUGAUUUUGGUUAUUAUCAAGAAAACCAUCAAAAAUGUCUAGAUAUCAGAUCUUGAAUUAAACUCUUAUGAGCAAUUUUUGUUGUUAUCAAUAUAUUGUCCAAACAAAUGUACCUUUAGUUGUACCAGGCAUUAAAAUGAACAAGAAAUUCAAGAAAACAAGGUCUAAUCAUUUUUCCAUGACUGUAUGUUUAUUUAUUUUAUGCAUUUAAGAAGUUGUGCAGCACCAGAACAUAUGGCAUUUUAUUAAAAAAAAAAAAAAAAAUACACAUAAAUAAAAUGUAUAAAUAAGAAAAACACAAAUUAAAAAUAGUUUUUAAAUAAAUAACAAUACACAAAUAAAAACAAAAAGAGGAUUAAAGGUGACUAAUACACUAAAAGUGACACGUCUCACAAUAAAAUUAGUUUUCUCAGCUGCGGUUUGAAGUGAUUUCUGUGAAGUUUAUUGUGAAAGUCCUGACGUCUGUUUCCUGUCACGUGACUCGGAUGCGAACCGGACGCACACGCGAGUUUGAAAAACAUCAGAAUGUCCCUUUGUGAUGCCCCGCCCACUCCGCCCAGCUGGCCCCGCCUUCUCCUCAAAGUGGUGGCAGUGGCGGUGACGGUGGCGGGUCUCGUUCGCACACACUCGCCCGUCUGAUGGCGUGUAAGCAACAUGGUGUCAGCUACAUUCUCCCCUCUGGUAGGCCGAGUGCAGUUUCACCAUUUUGUUUACACUCUGGAUUCCUCGGACCAGGUUUUGGGACUGCCCCCCUUUUUUUAGGUCCUGCAGCGGAGUCCUUUUUGGUGGGUGUGUGUGUUGUCUGUGUGUGCGUGUGUGUGUGGGUGUGUGUGCGUGUGUGUGUGUGUGAAGUGGCUCUGUGUUGCCUGGUGUGUAUGUGGCGUCUCAUGGUGCUGCGAACCCACGACGGAGCUCAAACGGUCGGUCGGUCGGUCGGUCUGAGCCGCCGUACAGAUAAAAUAGAGAUGACGGAGGGAAACGGAACAUCAGAGCUCCUUUUGAAGGAUUCCAGAUUAGUUUUAAAUAUCUGAAGAACGGACCCUGAAGAGUCAGAACAGUGUAAAAAGAGAAGCAAGAGUGGAGUCUAUUAGCAACUUGUGUUACUCUCUACGAUGUUGCUGCUAACUGUUUGUGACAACUAGCUCAUUUCUAACCAUGUCAGCACUCAUGGAUGUUUAUUGAGUUUCUAAUUUUUUGGUUUGUGUCCCUGAUGUGAAUGUGUUGGGUCCAUAGAGUGAGUAGCUGUUUGAGUUGUUUGGAUGUCUGCUACAUAUAGUGUAAGCAUUGUGACUGCAAAUAAACCUCAUUGAUUUUUA